CGCGGCCGUUCCGCGCCUGGCGCUGGAGCAGGUGGCGGCGGAGGCCCCGCCCCUCAUGACGCCAUUCCCCUGACGGGUUUCCCCGGUAACUGACAACAACCGCCGGCCGCGCCCCGAGCCCCUCGGUGAGGUGGCGCUUCCCCUGUCCAAGCCCCCGAGGCGGGAGAAUACCCCGCGUCCAGAGCUCUACAAGCAGGCGGGCGCUUGCCCGUGCCCCGGCUCCCGCGGCGGGAGCAUGGCCACGCAGAGUGCUCAGGAGGGUGCCUGUGACCCCCCGCCCCGGCCGGAGCAGCCCGGCAAACCUGGCGGGUAUAUUGCCAAACUCAGAGAAUUGGUGAAACAUGAAGCAGAGAAAAAUAAAUCUCAGUGGAAAACUAUGGGGCCAGCAAAAGUUGCAGUGCCGUCUCCAAAUGAUUUUCUGCAGAAACGUUCCAAGGAACCCAAGAUAGCACCAAAAAAAAAAGAACGGGAUUCUAAAAAAUUGCUUCCACCAGUGCCACCCAGGACAUACCACCCCGUUAUUCGCAUUAAAAAGAAUUUUAUAAAUAAAAAUGCAGUUGCUGUUAUCAAGGGGGAGCCUAAAAAGCCUCGGCAUUUUUGUGUUGAUACAAGACAGGGAGAUAAAUAUCUCCUUGAACCUUCAGGACUUUUUCCAAAAUACAUUAAAAAAAAGAAUUACGGUGUUAUACCAAAAUAUGUGACACGGAGAAAUGAAGAAAUGAAGAGAGAAGCGGAAGAAUACCAGGCUAGUGUUUUGGAGCAACUCAAGAUGAAAGCCAUGAAAACUCUAUCUGAGGAAGAAAGGACAAAUAUUUUAAAGGCACUGAAAAAGAACUGGGAGGAAAUAAAUAAUGCAUAUCAACGUCUUCCAAUACUAGCAGACACCAUGUACAAGAGGAUGCAUAAAGAAGAGCUGGAAUUAAAGCUGAAACAACUGGAGCAUGACAUAGCAGCAAUCGAGAAGCACAAAAGAGUCUACAUUGCAAAUGUGUAAGGCUUGUUGUUCAGAUACUGCCUCUUUUCUCCUUUUUCUCUAUCCCUGCAUCUCCAAGAAAUGCCUCUCUAAAUUCUUAGAAGAUGCUACUGUCAACUAUUUAGAAGGAAAUGCUCAACUAAGUAUGUAUCUUCUUAGAAAAGUUGUUACAUAUGACUCAUCUGUACAGUCCCCAAAAGAGUUAGAAAUAAAAUGCUUAACUAAACUUUGAGUAUGAAUAAUGAAUUAAUUUUAUUAUUCUUUGUAAUUUUUAUUAACUACUAAGAUUUCUAUAAACAUCAUACAGAAAGCAUAUAAAACACUGUUUCAUAUGUUUGGAAUACAUCUUUCCUUGCCUAGCCAAAGCAAAGGGAAAUAAUUGGCUGCUGAAGACAGCUUGGUAAAUAUAACUUCAGGAUAGAAUGGCUUCUGGACUAUAUAUUAAAGAGAUGUUAUGCUUUA